CCCUCGGCAGUCCCGACCCUCUCUUCCUCUUUUUCUCUACAUCUGCUCUGCUACCUGAGCAACUUACAAACUCAGCGCCAUGGCUACACCCAAGCACACGAUUGUUCUUCUGCAGGAAACAGCCAGCAAGAGCACAAGAACUUUCAGCGACUUCGAAAGUGUCUCAGAGGCCAUGAACGGCAUUUGCCAGCUGUACGAACAGAGGUUGAAGCAAAUGAAUCCUGGCAUGAGGAACAUUACCUACGACAUCUCUGAGCUGUAUGCAUUCAUCGAUCAGCUUGGCGACCUGUGCUGCCUCGUGUACAACGGUUACGGUGCCUAUGAACCUCACAACAAGCAGUGGGUCAAAGACAGAGUGUUUGCUCAUUUGAAAAGAAUGGCACAAUGAUGGUAAUUUGAAUCGAUGCAACUCAUCUAGCUCAUGUAGAAUGCAAAAGUACACGGGGAUCUGAUGUUGACACAUAAAAUUGUAGCAGAGAACUUC